AUGCGUUUACUUUCAAAGCUAUUAUUGAGUUUGUCAGUCAUUCUUCUGGGUCAUUCUGGGUUCUCAAGCCAUGAAUUUCGUCAAUUGUUAAAGAAUACAUCUCGAGAAAUGCCAUCAUCGAUGCUGCGUCACAUCCCUGUUGACAUACAAUAUGAAGCCAUUGUUGGACUUGUGCUGUUUGUGUUAAGCACAUUUCUCUCAUUCGAAAAGAUAACUUAUUAUCCGUUACAAGGGGGGAGAGAGCUGUUGCAGCUCAACCAGUAUUUGCAGGAUAUUGACAUGAGUAAAGCAAAUAACGUAAAUAAUCUAACUGGAAAAGACCCCUUUGGAGCAAUUACCUAUACACCAAACUUCAUCGAUAUUCAUAAGAAGAGGAAGCAUGUUGCCACAGGCGCUCUCUAG